UACGGGGAAAGGGGGAGGGGGGCGCGGUUGACAAAAGAACUUUGUUCCCCUGAAAAAUAAAUAUUUUAACGCGUCUGACAAUACAGAGCUUGGAAGUUUAGGAGAGUUUCAUUAUUUUUUUCUCUCUCUCUUUCUUGCAUGCUUUUUUUUUGUACAAUCCUUAUUUUGAAACCUGGUGUGUUUGUUUUGUUUGUUUUUUUUUAAUUUUCUCUCCUGUGCUGUCAUUGUAAACAUGGUGCUGUUUACUUUCCUGACUGUCUGCAGCCUGUUGCAAACGAUGGUGCAGUGUUUUGCACUUCAGGAGUCUGACCUACCUGAGCCGGGUCAACUCCAGCUCUCUCCCCUGCACCGGGGGUGGCAGACGAGGAAGGGGACGGUGCAGAAGGUCGACCGCAUUUACGCCGGGGAUGGCAAGGUCGGCUACUUGGUGUACGCGGACGGCGAGAGGUUCCUGCUCGAUUUGGAAAGGGACGAGACGCUCGGCUCCCCUGCCCCGGGAAGCCCAGCUCUGUCCCCUCUGGGUCAGGCUCCGAGCCCCCGCUGCCUGUACCGGGGCACGGUCAACUCCGAGCCGGAGUCGUUAGCCGCCUUCAACCUCUGCGGGGCUCUGCGAGGCUUAUUCGCGGUCGGCCGCUCCCGUUACACCGUCAGCCCUCUCUCCGGCUCCGGGAGCACGGGGCUCCUUCCUUUCGGUGGCGCCGCGGACCAAGUGCCGCACCUCUUCACCCGGGACCGUUUCAGUUUCCAGAGCCCGUCUGCAGAAGCCAGCCGCUGUGAGAUCCGGAGCCCCGCCGGUCAGCCCGCUGCCCGGAUCCCACAGACCCGGAGCUCCGGCCGCUCCAGGCGCUCGGUGUCCCGACUCCGGCACGUCGAGCUGCUGCUGGUGGCUGACCAAUCCAUGUCUCACAAGUACGGCGACAAGGUCCGCCACUACCUGCUCACACUGGCCUCCAUCGCCUCCAAACUGUUCGGCCACGCCAGCAUCGAGAACCCGGUCCGCCUGGCCGUAGUCAGGAUCAUAGUCCUCACCGGGAACGACCAAGGGCCGGUGAUCAGCAAGAACGCGGCGAGCACCCUCCACAACUUCUGCAGGUGGCAACACAAGCAGAACCAAGUGGACCCGGACCAUGCAGAACACUAUGAUGCUGCUAUCCUCUUCACCCGGGAGAAUUUGUGUGGACAUCAUUCAUGUGAUACUUUGGGAAUGGCAGAUGUCGGAACCAUCUGCUCUCCUGAGCGCAGCUGUGCAAUCGUUGAAGACGAUGGCCUCCAUGCUGCAUUUACGGUCGCUCAUGAAAUUGGACAUCUCCUAGGACUGUCCCAUGAUGAUUCCAAGUUUUGCGAAGAGUCAUAUGGCUUGACUGAAGACAAGCGGCUAAUGUCUUCCAUUCUGACCAGCAUCGACUCCUCCAAACCAUGGUCAAAGUGCACUUCUGCUACAGUAACAGAGUUCUUUGAUGACGGUCAUGGGGAUUGCCUCCUUGAUCUCCCACAGAAUCCCUUACGUGUACCCGAGGAGCUUCCAGGCCAGAACUAUGAUGCUGUUCGUCAGUGCAAGCUGGCUUUUGGGCCAGAGUACACAGUGUGUCCAGGAAUGGAUGUCUGCUCCCGCCUGUGGUGUGCUGUCAUCCGUCAGGGACAAAUGGUGUGCAUGACCAAGAAGCUUCCUGCUGUGGAGGGAACGCCAUGCGGAAAGGGGAGGAUCUGUCUCCAUGGGAAAUGUGUGGACAAAACCAAACGGAGGCAUUACUCGGCUUCAGCUCAUGGAAACUGGGGGUCAUGGGGUUCCUGGGGACAGUGUUCACGGACGUGUGGAGGGGGUGUGCAGUUCUCCCGUCGACAUUGCAACAACCCUGCUCCCAGAAACAAUGGCAAAUACUGCGUGGGGAAACGUGCCAUCCAUCGAUCCUGCAACGUGACACCGUGCCCACAAACUGGCAAAUCUUUUCGACAUGAACAAUGUGAGGCGCGGAAUGGGUACCAGACUGAUGCCAAAGGAGUCAAAACGUUUGUGGAAUGGGUUCCAAAGUACGCUGGUGUGAUCCCUGCGGAUGUCUGUAAAUUGACUUGUCGAGCAAAAGGAACAGGAUAUUAUGUUGUGUUUUCUCAGAAGCUGGGUGUCACACAUGUGACUCUGAUUGCAUUCCCUGACGAACUAGAACUAUCACCAACCUUCAGAACCGAAUAA